UCAUUGCAUGCUCGUCGUUUCACAUUAGCUAUCGGUGGUAAUUUUUUUAGACUACCUGGAGCUUUGACUGUAAACAUGGAAAACAAUAUACAGUAGCUGCUAGCUGUCAUUAACGCGUGAUAAAGACACGACAUACCAACUGUCGGUGUCUUGCUAUGAGCCCCAAAACUAUUCAGAAACUGGAGUAUUUAUGAACCGUCUCUUCGCAGAUAAUAAUUUCGCAAUUGAAGAUAACGCGCUUGUUGAUGAACGGAGGUGGAGCUGAUGUUUCAUAAUAACUAUUUUUAGAAUAGGCGAUCCUUUAUGUUUUAUGAAUUCAACAUUUAGUAACCGCAGUACGUAGCUUACUUCUGUCUUUGCUGGGAUCGAUUUUACUGUGACUUCUUCGUGUUCGGUUUCCCAAUGGCGAUUAAUAAAACAUACAUCAGCAUAGGCUAUGCUGCUUUUGGCAUGGCUAUGGGAUUCUCCGCUUUUCUGGUGUGGAAUAUUGCAUAUAAACAGCCAUGGACAGCAGCAAUGGGCGGCUUAUCAGGUGUGCUGGCCCUCUGGGCGCUGGUCACACACAUCAUGUACAUGCAGGAUUACUGGCGGACCUGGCUGAAGGGGCUCAAGUUCUUCCUCUUCAUCGGGGUCUUCUUCUCCCUGCUGUCCAUCAUCGCCUUCAUCACGUUUCUCUCAGUGGCCAUCACACGUAAAGAAUCUCUGAAGGAUCCCAACAGCCUGUUCCUGUCGUGUGUGUGGAGCUUCAUGUCUCUGAAGUGGGCCUUUGUGCUCUCGCUCUCUGCCCAUCGCUACCGCAAGGAGUUCGCUGACAUCUCCAUCCUCAGUGACUUUUAACCAUGCCUGACAACACACACACACACACACACACACACACACACACACACACACACACACACACACACA